AUGAGUAGAAAAGGGCGGGAAAACGUGAGGGGAAGAGGGCGGGAAAAGGCUGCAGUGAUGGACUCGGACCCUCGCAGUGAGAAGCUCAACAAGCAAAACCCCCCGAGACCCCCCGUGUCCAGCCGCCCCGAGGACAAGGUGCUGCCAGGUGUCCCCAGGAGAAGCAGUGUCGCCUCGGGUGGCCCUGGGGGGAUGUCACGGCUGGAGAUGCUGCAGAGGCAGAUCUGCACCCUGCAGAAAGGCCAUCAGAUCCUGGCUGAUGAGCUGGCCAAGGCACAAAGCAACAGCGAGGAGCUGCGCCAGAAACUGGAGCAGCUGAGGAAGCAAAAGGAGGCACUGAAGGAAUCCCGGAAGCAGUUGCAGGAGCUGCUGCAGAGAGCGCAGCUGCGCAGGAAGGAGGUGGAGGCCAAAGGUCAGAGGUGCUCUGGGCUCUGCCUGGAGCAGCAUCAGGAUCUGCAGGGGACAGAGCAGAAGUGGGAGCAGCUCCUGCACCUGUGCCGGGAGCAAAGGUGGCAGUACUGCCAGGAGCUCGAUGCCAUCAUGAAGGAGCUCAAGCACCUGCAUGUCACUCACACUCCAGCCUACCUGGAGGCUGAACUGGUGAAGCUGGAGGAGAUGGAAAAGAAGUUGCUGCGCUGGGAGCGCCGUUUGCUGGAGGUGGAGGAGCAGCUGGGCCCAGAGACGUUUAUGGCCAUGCGGUUGCUGCGGGAGGAGCAGCAGAGGUUGGAGCAGCAGCUGGAGGAGGAGCUGCGCCGGCAGCAGUUGAGCCAGGAGCGCCGUGACAGGUUGGCAGAGGAGCUGAAGCAGCUGCAGCUCUCCCUGGAGCCUCAGCCAGAGUGACCAGAUGGACACACCCAUGGGACACCUGUGGCACCUGUGACACCUCUGUGAGGCACCUGCUGGCCACCUGUGCUCCUCCCAUGUUCUCGUGUCCCCAGUUCGCCGUUGUUCUCCCUGCCAUGUCCCCCCAAGUCUCCUCAAGUUCACCCCAUCCUCCUCGUGUUCCCCAAUUGUCCCUUCUGUCCCCAUUUGCCCCCAAAUGUGUUCCCUCGUAACUCCAGCUCCCCAAUGUUCUCAUGUUCCCUCCAUGUCCCCAUGUUCCCUCCAUGUUCCCCAAUGUUCUCAUGUUCCUCCAUGUUCUCUCAUCUCCUCAUAUUCUUCUCAUGUCCGCCCAUGUUCUCAUGUCCCUGAUUUCCCCCAUGUUCUCCAAUGUUCUCAUGUUCCCCCAUGACUCCAGCUCCUCAAUGUUCUCAUGUUCCCUCCAUGUCCCCAUGUUCCCCCUGUUCUCAUGUCCCCAUGUUCCCCCAUGUUUCCUCCAUGUUCUCAUGUUCCCCCAUGUUCUCAUGUUUCCAUGUUCUCAUGUCCCCAUGUUCUCAUGUCCCCGUGUUCUCGUGUUUCCUUCAUGUUCUCUUGUCCCCAUGUUCUCAUGUCCCUGAUUUCUCCCAUGUCCCCAGUUCACCCCAAUGUUCUCAUAUUCUCCAAUGUUCUCAUGUUCCCCCCAUGUUUCUGCCAUGUUCUCAUGUCCCCUGCAUGUUCUCAUGUCUCCAAUAAACGUUCCUCCACCACU